CCACUGUGUCACAUCGUAUAGUGUCACCACGUGUAACAAUAAUUUCAUAACUUGACACAAAUAGAGACACGAACACUAUUCUUAUUAGCAUUGAUUAUUAACAUAUUCCUUGAGGAAGAUGUCCACCGAAACCGCUGAUGAACCAAAAUGCGAGUCAGCACAGUCGGUAGAGAGCUCCGUGAGUUCGGAAUACACGAUAAAACCCAGCGACGAAUUUUUUCAUGUUUUCAAAUUAUCAUAUAAAUUUAAUAUGAACAAAAGUACUCUUAGUGACAAGGAAAUCAAGACAAUAGAAGCACAGGUGGACAAAUUAUAUAAUGAGGUCACUAACUCGGAAAACGCAACAUUAAAUGAUAUCGUAACUCUUGCAUACAGUUACCAAAAUAUAUGUCAUGGUUACAUUAAGUCAAAUCAGAAAAAGGAAUUACUUAUAGGAAGAACUUAUAUUUUGCGUUGUUUGAAUUUGGUGAAAAGUAAGGAGCUGGAUUCCAAAUUUAUUAUAAUAGCUCUGGAAGGCCAUUACCAGUUAGGUUUUAUUUAUUUUAAGCAAAAGAAGUCAGGAAAAGCUCUACAAACAUGUAACAAAGCUAUAGAAUUAUAUUUAACAUAUACAGACGAUAAGAAAAAGUAUGGUAAUCCUAUUCAUUUUAAAAAUAUUAGCAUUCAGCCAUCGAUAGAUGGAUAUUACAUGCUAAAUAGAAUACAUAUAGAGAUUUUAAAAUUAAUAACGGAGGCAGAUAUAGAUAUGGAUGUUCACACACGGAUAGUAUACCGUCAUUUGGAUUUAGCAGCUAAUUUGAAUAUAUUACAAGAAACAAGAAAACAUAUUUCGUGGGUUUAUUCAGCAUUAAAAGUAUUCUAUUAUUUAAUAAAGUACGACCGUUUUGCAGAAGCUAGAAACCAUAUUAUUACUGCAAUUUAUGUGAAAAACAUAUUUUUAGAUAUAUUAUUUCGUAAUACAAAUAAACAGAUACUUUCCUUACAAAAGCUGAAUGAAUUGUACAUAAAUCUUGAUAUUAUUUUUAAUGCAGCGUGUAAAAAAUAUUGGGUUAGGCUUUUACGUAGGUCGGUAGAACGAUUGCUACGAUUAGAAAAAGGCGAAGAAAUUGAGUUCGAUGACUUAAAUUCAGGACAUCCAACAAAAUUGGAGGGAGAUAUAUCACAAAGGUUAUUACUAUUCAAUGAUAUAGAUACAGAAAUUUCAUUCGAGUGUGUAUAUCCAUUCUUACCGGUUAAAUAUAUUUUACAUUAUAACGAUGCAUACAAAAUAUUUAUCAAUUUCCUGAGGAGUUUUUCUAUUUUAAAGUUUUCUAUUGAUAAAAAGAAGGAAGAAAUACUAACAUACGGACAACUUAUAUUAGACUCUUUCGAAAUGUACAAAUAUAUGGCAUUCUAUGAGAAGGACAUAACUAAUCGGAGCUUACUACAAAAUAUGAUUAUACCUCUUUUAUCGAAAGCUCUAGACAAAAAAGUUUUAUUACAGUAUGCUCCUGCCUUCUUCUAUAAAAUACAGUUACACUUAGCGAUUUCUUAUUCACAUUUAAUAGAUAUAAAACUUGAAAAUUUGGAUGCAAUUCAUCCACUAUACAUGCCACAAAGAUAUAAUGCAAUUGAGCUUGAAAUUGAAUGCCUAGUAAAGUAUGUCUUUAAUUGUUUAGAAGCACUUAUCGUUCUACAAAAGAUUAUGCCAGUGGAUUCUCAUAAUAAGUCAAAUUCUUCAUUAGUUCCACAUUAGAAACAUAUACAAUGAUAUUCGUCGCCAUGAUAUUGAAAAUAAAGAAAAAAUGAGAUUAUUAAUGUUUAUAAUAUUUAAAACAGUUUUUUAAUAAAAAAUAUAAUAUUACAACAUGUUUAUUUGUGCGUAUAUUGAACUGAUUAAUAUUAUGUGAUAAGUUGGUAAAUUAAAAAAAAAAAAAUUUAUAUGAUUUUAUAAGAUAACUCAAAAUAUCUAGAGAUCGUCUUGAAUGUUUUCAAAAUGUCCCUGAAAAUUUUGCAUUUUAAAUAUCUUCUAGACAAUUCAGAGAUAUCUUUUGUUAUUUAAAUAUUUGCUUGAUUGUAAACAAAAAUAAGAAAUAUUUAAAUAGAAUUAUUGCAAGUUAAUAAGUCAAUUCCGUCCUUAUAAAAGUUUUAUAUGAGUAAUAUGUAAUAUAGAAUAUAAAGACUUAAAAUUUAUAUGUU